AGUUAGUCUUGUGCAAACCUCGACUGAUUCCUUUAAAGAGUUUAACUUUAGAGAAACUAGAAAAAAUGCAGCAAGAAGCGCAAAAAGUCAGACAGAACAACUUAAAAGAAUAAAUUUUGACACUAAAUCUAGUGAGAUGAGUUACACUCCACUCAUAUCAAAAAUAUUGAUAUCAUUUAUCAUUUCCUCCACUGUUUUAUACCGUUAUGGUAAUUGGUUUAGGCAUCGUAUAUUUGUAACACUAACUGUUUUAUUGGCUUGGUUUUGUAGUUUCCUUAUUAUUUUUGCUCUACCUUUAGAUGUUAUUUCGACUGUCUACAGACAACAGAAUUAUUCUAUUUCCACCCUAAAUGAUACUUUAGAAGAACUUAAAAUACAAGAACCCUCUGGUUAUUUACCUGAGAGGGUUUUUAUCAAUUUGUGGAGGACCGUUUAUUGGAGCACUCAAUUUUUAACAUGGAUGAUAAUGCCAAUGAUGCAGUCUUAUAUUAAAGCUGGAGAUUUUACUGUAAAAGGAAAAUUAAAAUCAGCUCUUGUAGAUAAUGCUAUUUAUUAUGGAUCCUAUUUACUUAUUUGUGGCAUACUUCUCAUUUAUUUAGCACUUAAGCCGGGUAUUGAUUUAGAUUGGAGUAAACUAAAAACCAUAGCUUCAUCAGCAAGUAAUACAUGGGGACUUUUUUUGCUGGUUUUAUUGCUUGGUUAUUCUCUAGUGGAGGCCCCAAGAAACUUUUGGAACAAUUCGAACUAUAGUUUUAAAUUAACUCAAUAUUACUUCAAGCUAGCAAAAUUGAGUUCUGAUAAAUGUGAAGCCGAGGAAACUGUAGAUGAUGUUUUGGAAUCACUGCAAGCUGUUUCUAUUGCGGUUAAACCUGGUCACUAUCUUUAUCCACAAUUUGAAACGAUAUUGCAGAAGGUGCCUUUAGAGUUGAGGGAUAGAAUGAGCCGUAGAAGACUGCCAGAUGACACACCCACUGAUUCCCCCACUGAAAAGGCUCUGGUCAGGUUGCACAGACAGACAAUAAAAUCACUGCAAGUGCUACAGAGGACUGAAACACAAUGGCACUUGCUGAUAAAGAAAAUAUUUGAGUGUGAAGAUACCUUGAAAAAUCAGGUUGCCAGGGACAGAAGGUUCAGAAGGACAUUUCCGUCAGAGCCUGGUUAUUUUACCAGAUUUGCAUAUAUGGCCACUGUAGAAUGGUAUUGGAAGUGCUUAAUUUCAUGUUACUGUUGGAAAAUUUUUAGUAUCAUUACUGGUAUUAUGUCAGUCUGCAUAGUAUGGUCUGAAGUUACUUUCUUUAAUGUGCACCCUCCAUUGUCAAUAUUUGCCAUUAUUGUUAAUGCAGCAAAGAAAAAUUAUGAUUACUUUACAAUAGAGGUUCUUUCAACAUUUAUCAUUCUUUAUCUAAGCUUCUGCGCAUAUUCUACGGUACUUAAAAUAAAAGUUUUAAAUCUUUAUUAUCUGGCCCCUCAUCAUCAGACAAACGAACACAGCCUGAUUUUUUCUGGUAUGAUGUUUAGCAGACUCACCCCAGCCUUGUGCCUUAACUUUUUAGGAUUGAUCCAUAUGGACAGUCACGUUAUCCACAGCGAAGUAAAUGAAACCUCAUACACGCAGAUAAUGGGGCAUAUGGACGUUAUUGGAAUUAUUUCCCAUGGAUUCAAUAUUUACUUCCCCAUGGCUAUACUAGUGUUUUGUCUGGCCACUUAUUUUAGUCUGGGUUCGAGAUUUUUGUCAAUGCUAGGGUUCCACCAAUUUGUUGGUGAUGAAGAAAUGACAACUGACUUGGUUGAAGAAGGAAGAGAACUCAUAAAAAGAGAGAAGCGUAGAAGGCAGAGACUUGAAGAAUCAUCCAUGAGAAGGAAGGAGUAUGAGGAUCGAUUUCCAGCUACUGGGCGUUUCAGGCAGAGUGAUUCAGGUAGAACCCUUGAAGAUCAAGAAAGCAUCAGAAUUAGAGACUCUUAUCAGCUGGAGAUGUAUGACGGUACUGCAUUUAGAACUGAUGAUGUGGACACUAGGUUUCCACCAGAGCAGGAUGACAUUGAUUUGAGAUUUGGGGCUAGUACAGGGAUAGGGUCACAUUAUAGUAGUGAGGGUAGUUUGGGAACUAGGUUUACGGAUGGAUAUCAACAGGAAAACAAUUCAAAAAGAGUGGGAUACCCUCCCAGAGGUAUUUUCGAUGAUGUUUAAUUAUUAAUGCAGUUUAAGUUGAUCAAAGCUUAGUCAGGCACAUUGUGGAUUAGAAAAGGGGUGGCAUCAGGAGUGAUUGGUUGCAGUUAUUAACAUUUUCUAGUCCUUUUUUUUACAACUUGCAGUUAUGUUAAUGUAACAAUUAGAUUAGGAUCAGUGCGUUGUAGGUUAGUUAUGGAAAAACCUUUAGACAUUCCACUUUAUUUUUGUUUGUGUUGUAUAUAUAAACCUGAUUAUUGAAUAAAAUGUUAACCAUU